AAUGAGAACAGGAAUCUUGGUUUGUUUAGUAUUAAGUGUAUUGAGUGUUGAACUAAAUAUGGAAAGACACUAAGAAGAAGUUAUGAGUAAAUUAAAAGAAUCUAAAUGGGCUUCUUUUAUUUUGGAGUUUGCAGAAGUAGAAUUGGGAAGUGGUGGUGCUUUGACAGAAUUAGUUGAAGCCAUCAAUUAAUUAAUUGAUUAAUUAGAAGAAGAAUUAGAUGACAUUCAUCAAGCUUAUUCCAGAAGAACAGAUGAACACAAUAGAGAUGUAACAAGAUAUGAAUAAGAAAUCUAAGAUGCUGAUAGAGGUUAUCUCUUUUUAAAUAUAAUUAGAUAUAUUCAAUGGUGAAGAUUUCAUUGAUAAUGUUCUUAUUCCAUAAAAAUAAAGAUUCUAAGAUGCUUUAGCUUAAUUAAAAAUCAAUAUUGAAGAAAAUAGAAGAAUACUUGAUUAAGAAACAGUUAAUAGAAAGAAAUAACAUGAAUAAUUCUUAUCUAAUAUUGCUGAAAUCAAUGAAGCUAUUGGUGCUGUUGAUGAAUCUUUAGGACUCUUAUCUUAGAUUGCUAAUCCAUCACUUGUUUAAUUCAAGAGAGUUUAAUCGAACUUGGGAAGAAUCUAAACAUCCUUCUAAAAUCAUUCUUCAUUUGCUCCUAUCAUUAAAGCUUUACUUGAAUUAGCAACUGAAUAAAAUUUUGCUGAUUAAGGAUCAGUCUAAUAAUUGGUUAAGAUUUUCAAUGAAUUAAGAGUUCAAUUUGUUGACACAUUAAAUCAAGAAACUGCUGAUGAAAGUGCUGCUGAAUCUAAAUUCACUGAAAGAGUUGCUUAAUUAGAAAAAGAAUUUGCAGAAUUCUAAAGAGCAGUUCUUAUUAAAAAUUCUGAAAUUGCUGCUAAUGAAUGUAUAUAUAUUUAUUUUAUAUAAUAGAAAAAUUAGGAGAAACCAUUGUAUAUGUUGGAUAAAGAAAAGAUGAUAGAGCUACUCUUUAAGCUUAAUUAUAAGCUGAAAAUGAUAAUUAUGCUUCAGAAACUGAUCUUUACAAUAGAACUGUUACUGAAUAUAACAAAGAAAUUGAAAUCAGUAAAUAAGCUCUUGGUUUAUUAACACAACCAAGCUUUGAAUAAUAUGUUAAAUCAAAAGUAGGAAUUUGAU